AUGGCCGCCCGCGACCCCAGGCGAACCUCGACCGCCCCCAAGCGCACCUCGCUGCUCCCACGGCCCAGCUCCAUCGCCGUCGACCCCACCGCCUUGAUCGCCCAGCACGCCCAGCUCACCGGCACACACCCCAUCACCAUCGGGCCCGGCGCGGUGCUGCAUCCGCACAGCAAGCUGAACAGCACCGGCUGCGUCGUCAUGCUGGGCGAGGGCUGCGUCGUUUUCGAGCGCGCGCGUGUCGGCCUUGCUGACGUGGACGCGCCGAGGCCCGAGUCGAGUCGGCGCACGAGCGGCACGAGCGCUGGAGGGCGGGGGGAUGGCGUGGUGCUGGGCCGGAACGUGACCGUGGAGGCGAAUGCAGUCGUCGAGGCUGCCGAGGUGGGCGAGGGCACGCUGAUUGACGUCGCCGCUGUGGUGGGGCGGGGAGCGGUCAUUGGGAAGCACUGCACCAUCUCCGCAGCCUCCGUUGUCCCGCCCUACACCACGCUGCCAGACUACACUGUCGUCUUCGCCGGGUCCCAGAAACGCGUCGAUAAGACGCUCCAGCAGCGUCCGGACCUACGCGAGGCCAGGAUGGCCGUGCACAAGAAGCAGCUGGACAUGUUCAGGCGGCUGAUGGCAAACAACAUCGCAAAGUGGACCGGAUGA